CUUCCCCCAGCACUGCCCGCCGUGACCCGGGGCUGGCGGGGACACACAGACCGAGUGACCCAGAGCACAAACUCUCCUCCUUUCCUCCUCCACCUACUCGAACCUCGGUUUGACAACAACCCAGAGCAACGCGGAAGAGCCAGCCAAAGAGCGGGAUGGCAGUGGAUCCUCUUAUCAUCAGGAGGAGCAGGAAAAAUCAGUCCGUUCACUUCUGAUAAGCUGUUUGGUGACAGCAGCCCCGCAGGUGAGUCACCCCCAGUGAUGCUCGGGAGAUUACCGCAGGUGAUGGUGCUGCUGAUAGACCGGUGUUGUAUUACAAUACAAACCAUAAUUCCUGUUUCACAACUGCCCUUGUGGGUUUUAAGGAGGGCCGGGGCGGUGCUGCCCCAGUGCGAGCGCGGCGUGGGCACAGCGCAGGCAGCGGGCUGCGGGAGCAUCGCCGGCCGGCUCCGGGCUCCCGGGUCCCGCACCGGGGCACUCGCAGGGUUUCCGCAGGAGGAGGGACCGCGCCGGAGCUGGAUGGACAUGGACUCGGCCUCGGAGCGGCUCGACGGCAGAGGUCCCUGCACGAGACCCAAAUCCUCCAGGCAGCAGGAGUCCUUCAAGCGGGUCGGGAUCCUCGUCCUGGCCGUGCUGCUCACCCUCGCCUGCCUGGUGGCCAUCGGGUUCCUGGUGAAGAUUUACCUGGACCACCACUACCUGUUCUGCAAGCCCCUGAAGCUGGUGCCGCUGAAGCAGGUGUGUGACGGCAUGGACUGUCUGCAGGGCGAGGACGAGGCCAACUGUCCCCAGUGGGUCCCCGAGGGGCCACCAGCCAGGGCCCGUGUUUCCAAAGACAGAUCCAUCCUGCAGGUGCUCAACAGCCACACUGGAGCCUGGGCCUCUGUGUGCCACGACCACUUCACACCAGUGCUGGCCAGAGCUGCCUGUGAGGAGAUGGGCUACAGCAGCACCCCAGCGUUCCAGGGGGUGGAGGUGAGCGAGGGGCAGCCGCUGCCUCCCCGCGAGCUCGUGCUGAGCAACGGGAGCCUCCAGGUGCUCGAGCCAGGCAGGAAAUGCCUCUCGGGGUUGGUUGUGUCACUCUUCUGUUCCAGUUGUGGGCAGAGCGUGCGGACGCCGCGGGUGCUGGGGGAGCCCGCUGCCAUCGAGGCGUGGCCCUGGCAGGUCAGCCUGCAGUACAGGAAGGAGCACAUCUGCGGGGGCAGCAUCAUCGGGCCCGGCUGGGUGCUGACGGCCGCGCACUGCUUCAAGAACAACCCCAUCAUCCAGAGCUGGCGUGUCAAAGCCGGCUCCGACCUCCUGUCGGGCGCUGCCACCUUGGCCGUGGAGAAGGUGUUCCUGGCAGAGGUGACACCUGCGUCCCCCAAGGACAACGACAUCGCCCUGGUGAAGCUGCGCUCGCCCGUGCACGACUCAGACAGCACCAAGCCCAUCUGCCUGCCCUAUUUUGAUGAGGAGCUGGUGCCGGGCACACCCCUGUGGGUGAUCGGCUGGGGCUACACAGAGGAGCACGGGAAGCUGUCAGAGCGCCUGCAGCAGGCCGAGGUGGAGCUCAUCGACGCGCGGAGCUGCAACCUGGCCGCCUACCACGGCGAUGUCACCGACAGGAUGCUGUGCGCUGGCCUGCCCCAGGGCGGCGUGGACACCUGCCAGGGGGACAGCGGAGGGCCCCUGCUGUACUCGGGUGGGCACUGGCAGGUCGUGGGCAUCGUCAGCUGGGGCCAGGGCUGCGGCACCCCCAGCACACCUGGAGUCUACACCAGCGUCCGAGCCUACCUGGACUGGAUCUCGGCCGUGCGCAGGUCAGAGCUCUGAGACCUGCCGGAACAGGUCGCUCCUCGCCCCGAGCCUCCCUUGCCAUCCCUCUGCCCGUGCUCUGGCAGCAGCAGGGACACGGAUCUCCAGCCGUGGGACAUGAGCAGAGGCUCCCAAACCCUCGCUGGCAGCUGUGAUUUAGGGCGCCAGAGCCCAGCCAAGGAGGCAGAGGGUGACUCAGAGUGAAGGAAUCUCGCUGGCUCAAGCUCCCUUCCGGACAAAGAUUAACUUAUUACCCUGUGCUGACCCCGCUGUGGCAAGAUGGCUCUCGAGGGGCCAAGCUGCUGACAGCUCACUCCUGUUGUACAGAGAGAAAAGUUGUUUGUGCUCUAGAGCUCUCCCCCUACCCUAUUCCCAUUAAAGGAAAGGAAUUUUGUUUUUCACAAAGCCUCCCGACCCUUUGUCCUGCUUCCUCACAGA